AUGGCGGACGUUCGCACACAUACACACCAGGUUCAAGUUCACCCUCUACGCCAGCACGAAGGAGGCAUCAAAACGCUUCAUCGCCAGAAUGGGCCUUCUUCAACUCAGGUUCUAGCAGUCGUCGCCGGUGUACCUAUUGGAGGGACGCUGCUAACUCUCGCCGGUUUAACUUUAGCCGGUUCGGUUAUAGGACUAAUGCUGGCAUUCCCGCUGUUCCUCAUCUUCAGUCCGGUUAUCGUACCAGCAGCCUUUGUGAUCGGUUUAGCCAUGACAGGAUUCAUGGCGUCAGGGGCAAUAGGGCUCACGGGACUAUCAUCUAUGUCGUGGGUAUUUAACCACGUCCGAAGAGUAAGGGAACGUAUGCCUGAGGAGCUGGAGGAAGCCAAGCAGCGUUUGGCUGAUAUGGCCGAGUAUGUGGGGCAGAGGACAAAAGAUGCUGGACAGACCAUAGAAGACAAAGCUCAUGAUGUACGAGAGAGCAAGACUUAUGAUGUCAGAGACAGAGAUACAAAGGGUCAUACAGCUUCAGGAGACAGGGACACCAAAACUACUCGCGAGGUCCGAGUAGCGACUACUACAUGA